GCGGCAAACACUGUGUAUUACGGCGUCGCUCACGUCAGACGACCGGCCAUUGAGUACACGGACUCACAUCUGAACCAAUUAUGGGAAAGUUAUUUCAAUGGAGACGACAAACAGAUGAUUGACUUUUUCUAUGAGGACAGAGAGGACGCCCUCCGAAGAGCCACAGCUCUGGACAAACGUAUUGUGACCGACGCUCAGGCGGUCGGCGGCGAGAGUUAUGUUAAGGUUGUGUCCGCAGCGCUCAGACAGGCUUAUGGAGGAAUAGAAAUGGUUGGCACAGUUAACAGGCCGUGGAUGAUGUUGAAAGAGAUCUCAUCCGAUGGCAACUGUCAGACAGUGGACGUGAUUUACCCACACUUUCCCGUCCAGCUAUAUCUCAAUCCGACACUUUUGAAAUAUCUUUUGGAUCCAUUGCUCGACAAUCAAGAGAAAGGAUUUUUCCCAUUGAAGUAUUGUAUGCAUGACUUGGGAUCUAAUUAUCCCAAAUGUAUUGGACAUCAAGACGGGCACCAGGAGGACAUGGAGGUCGAGGAGAGCGCCAAUAUGUUGAUCAUGAUGUCAGCCUAUGUCAGGGCAACCAAUGACACAGAGUUUGCUAAAAAGCACUACAAAAUUGCUAAACAGUGGACACAGUAUUUGGUCGAUCACGGGUUGAUCACAGGUAACGCUUUGACAACCGAUGACUUUUUGGGUAAAAUUGUAAACUCAACAAACCUUUCGGCCAAAGCUAUUGUCGGUAUUGGAGGUAUGGCACAGUUGGCUGAAGUGACCGGUAAUGAUGCGGACAGACAACAUUAUAGACAAAUUGCAGAGAAAUACGUCACCGAAUGGAUCCGUUUGGGUGAAGACCCGUCUAAUAAACACAUGAAACUGAGCUAUAAUAAGGCCAACACGUGGUUUAUGAUCUAUAACCUGUACGCUGAUGUCUUGUUAAAUACCAAAUUAGUACCCGAAUCGAUUUACAAACAACAGGACGAGUGGUACCAACAGGUGAUGAAUGUCUACGGCCUGCCAUUAGAGAGCGGCCAACCGGACACAAAGUAUGAUUGGAUUAUGUUUACGGCCGCCUCGUCUACGAACACAAAACUGCGGCAAUCAUUGUUCGAUCGGACGGCCAAAUGGUUGCGCGAAACGCCCACUCGAGUGCCCUUUUCUGACUGCGUGAACACCAUUACCGGCGCUUCGCCCCGUUUUUUGAAUCGCCCCGUAAUCGGCGGUGUAUUCGCGCCGUUGACUAUUAAACACUAA